CUGCGUCGCCCUUGUCCCAGCUCCAGGACGAGGUGCAAGAACGGGGAUUACUAAUUGUGGAGCCGAUUGCAUCCUGGCAGAUUGCAUGCCACCCACAUAAUUAACCCCCUCCCCCCCACUAUUUCCCCCGAGCUUGAUGUGGACAGGGCGGCGCUCUUCAAGCCGAAGCAUUCCUGAGACACCGACGGAGCCAAUGAUCCCUUCGGGAAGCAGGCAGGAAGGUGUGUCUAUAUAAGCAGGUGGCGAGGCGGGUCCCUCAGCACUCCCUGUGGGCUGAGGCAGCGUCCCGGGACCGGAGAUCAGCCACUUGCACCAUGAAGGCAAUGGGCAUCUUGCUGCUGCUGAGCCUGGCUCUUUUCUGCUUCUCCGCACAUGUUGCCGGCAAAGAGGAGGACAAGGGCUCAGGUGGGCUGCGAUGCCCAUUGCGCCGGAGAGAAGGAGGCUCUGCCGUCACGGCCGUUGCGGCAGAAAUGCCUGACUGCAGCGAGUUCAAGGACUCGGGCACCUUCUGCACGCGGGAGUCCAACCCCCACUGCGGCGACGACGGCAUGACCUACGGCAACUUGUGCGCCUUCUGCAAGGCCGUCGAGAAAAGUGGGGGGAAGCUUCGACUGUACCACAUGGGGAAAUGCUGAGUCCCCGGCCGUGCCAAGCAUCAGUUCGCUUUCCCUCGCCAUCCCCAGGGCCCAGAUCCCUGCUCAUCUCAGCCCUGCUCUGGGGGCGACGUUGUCUCCAAUCUGCUUGCUCAAUAAAGAAAACUCGGCACAA